GUAGCUGGUAAAGUGGUUGGGAAGAAAAGUGACUCGGAGUGGACUUGGUGGUUGAAAAUACCGGCAGUGAAAGAUAAGCAUGGCUCAAAUCUGGCAGUGAAAGAUAAGCAUGGCUCAAAUCUGGCAAUGAAAGAUAAACAUGGCUCAAAUCUGGCAGUGAAAGAUAAACACGGCUCAAAUCUGGCAGUGAAAGAUAAACAUGGCUCAAAUCUGGCAGUGAAAGAUAAACACGGCUCAAAUCUGGCAGUGAAAGAUAAGCACGGCUCAAAUCUGGCAGUGAAAGAUAAACACGGCUCAAAUCUGGCAAUGAAAGAUAAACAUGGCUCAAAUCUGGCAGUGAAAGAUAAACAAGGCUCAAAUCUGGCAGUAAAAGAUAAACAUGGCUCAAAUCUGGCAGUGAAAGAUAAACACGGCUCAAAUCUGGCAGUGAAAGAUAAACACGCCUCAAAUCUGGCAGUGAAAGAUAAGCACGGAUUAAAUCUGGCAGUGAAAGAUAAACAUGUUAUAUACAGUAGA